CCUCGGGCCGGAGACCGCCUGGGCGUCCCGCGGCCGGCCGCGCCCGCCGCCGCUGAGCGGGGGGCGCCAAAGGAGCCCGCGGAGCCGCCGCCGCCGGAGACGGUCCAGGAUGGAACAUUCCUACUCACUCCUGCUGCUCUGUGUUAAUUUUCUCUUUGCACAAGCUUUACCACCCAAUGGAACUGAAUUGCCCAAACCGACAGCAACAACAAACUCUACAGAGGAGAACAAUUUACACAAGGACCUGCUGACUUCAAUGCUGAUUCUGCUCCUGGUCUUCAUCAUUUUUAUCCUGUUGGCAGGCUAUUUUUUCAGGUUCAGAAGACACAGGAAAGCUGUUGUGAACUCUGGGGACAAAAAGAUGCCAAAUGGGAUCUUAGAAGAACAAGAACAGCAACGGGUCAUGCUGCUCAGUAGAUCUCCCUCAGGCCCCAAAAAAUAUUUCCCUAUUCCAGUGGAAAACCUGGAAGAGGAAAUACGGAUGCGAUCGGCGGACGAAGGGAAGCUCUUCAGGGAGGAGUUCAAUUCAUUAACACCUGGAUAUGUGCAGGGAAGCUUUGAAAUGGCAAAUAAGGAAGAAAACAGGGAGAAAAACAGAUAUCCUAACAUCCUGCCAUAUGAUCAUUCCAGAGUGGUUUUGACCCAAAUUGAUGGAGUCCCAUCUUCAGACUACAUUAAUGCAUCAUAUAUAGAUGGUUACAAAGAAAAGAACAAAUUUAUAGCAGCACAAGGCCCAAAGCAAGAAACAGUUAAUGAUUUCUGGAGGAUGAUAUGGGAGCAGAAGUCAGCCAUUAUCGUCAUGUUAACCAACCUGAAAGAACGAAAAGAGGAAAAGUGCUACCAGUAUUGGCCUGACCAAGGGUGCUGGACAUAUGGGAACAUCCGUGUGUCCGUGGAAGAUUGCAUCGUUCUGGUGGACUACACCAUCCGCAAGUUCUGCGUUCAGUCGCUUCAUGAUGGAUGUAAAGCUCCACGGCUGGUAACGCAGCUCCACUUCACCAGCUGGCCUGAUUUUGGGGUGCCUUUUACACCUAUUGGGAUGCUGAAAUUUCUGAAAAAAGUCAAAACACUGAAUCCUGCCCAUGCUGGGCCAAUUGUGGUUCACUGCAGCGCUGGUGUGGGUCGCACAGGCACGUUUAUUGUUAUCGAUGCCAUCAUAGACAUGAUGCACGAGGAACAGAAGGUUGAUGUCUUUGAGUUUGUCUCAAGAAUCCGAAACCAGCGUCCACAGAUGGUUCAGACUGACAUGCAAUACUCCUUCAUUUAUCAAGCCUUACUUGAAUACUACCUCUAUGGUGACACAGAGCUUGAUGUGUCAUCCUUAGAAAAACAUCUACAAACAUCACACAACACGGCACCAAACCUCGUCAAAAUAGGGCUAGAAGAAGAAUUUAAGAAGUUAACAAACGUUCGGAUAAUGAAAGAGAACAUGAGAACUGGCAACCUUCCAGCAAACAUGAAGAAAGCUCGAGUCAUCCAGAUCAUCCCCUAUGAUUUUAACAGAGUGAUUCUGUCAAUGAAAAGAGGGCAAGAGUAUACAGACUACAUCAAUGCCUCCUUCAUAGAUGGCUAUCGCCAGAAGGACUACUUCAUUGCCACCCAGGGCCCGCUCCCACACACGGUGGAGGAUUUCUGGCGGAUGGUGUGGGAGUGGAAGUGCCACACCAUUGUUAUGCUCACAGAAGUUCAGGAGAGGGAGCAGGAGAAAUGCUGCCAGUACUGGCCAUCAGAGGGCUCUGUGACUCAUGGAGAGAUAACGGUGGAAAUCAAGAGUGACAGCCUGCUAGAUGCUAUAAGUGUCAGGGACUUCCUCGUUACAUACAAUCCGGGCAACCAGGAGAAGCAAAGCAGGCUUGUUCGGCAGUUCCAUUUCCAUGGGUGGCCAGAGAUUGGGAUUCCUGCGGAAGGAAAAGGGAUGAUCGACCUGAUUGCAGCAGUUCAGAAGCAGCAGCAGCAAACAGGCAACCACCCAAUUACAGUGCACUGCAGUGCUGGCGCUGGAAGAACAGGUACCUUCAUAGCACUCAGCAACAUUCUGGAGCGGGUGAAGGCUGAAGGGCUCUUAGAUGUAUUUCAAGCUGUGAAGAGCUUAAGACUGCAAAGGCCACAUAUGGUGCAAACACUGGAACAGUAUGAAUUCUGCUACAGAGUGGUACAAGAUUUCAUCGACAUAUUUUCAGAUUAUGCUAAUUUCAAAUGAAACCCUUCCCCCCUGCCUUAUUUUUUAAGUUGUCUGUAUAAAGAGUUGUAUAUUCUGUUAAUUUAUUCCACAGCAGUUGGAUUGUUGACUUUUCCUGUAAAUAGGACCUUGUGUUUGCUCUGAGAAGUUGCAUUUUGCUGUAUAAAGUUAUUUCUUUAAAUAUAAAUAUCUUCUAAAGUAUAAUGUUCAUAGAGAGUGUAUCACUAUGAGAUGGUUUAGAGAUCUUUAUUCUAAAGAACAGUAAAUUUAACUCUGGAGGGCUUAUUUGUUUGCAUUUUUCUCCUUAUAAAUAUUUAUCAAUAAUAUUAUCACCCAGUUCUUGGAAACUUUACCCAGGUGAUUUACACAUCAUACUGAAAAACUGUGGUACAUAUGUUCAAACUAAGGAUGUUUUGGCCAUAAACUUUUCUUCACUAUGAAAAUAGAUCUUUAUUUGGGGGCGUAUUCUGACAAGCUGCUCGUGCUUGGGAUUUAUUUCGCAGAUAGUCUUGUUGAAGACAAAGAGGCUGAGUGACGUGUUGAUAAUGAGAAAGGUGUCAGAAUAUGGCCCUUCCUGUGCAAUAAUAUACAGUCCAACUCAGAAAUGCAACUGCUUUUAAAGGCUUUUUUUUUUUUUUUGCUGGCAGUUCUGAGUCUUGCUGUCAAUAAGACACAAUGAGUAUAAAUACAGACAGGAAUGUUUGAUUUAAUAUAGCUUUCAAAGCCCGUUUAUCUUGCCCUUUCCUAACUACUGCACCAGCUUAAAUCAAUUUAAGACAGACAAUAAGGGGGGGGGGGGGGGAGUUUACAGCUAUUCUGAGAGUAUUUUGCAUAUCAGAAGAGUAUAUUUUGCAGCACCUCAACUUGUCUACUUUGAAGAGGCUUUAUAGGCAUUGUCAGAAAUGGGUUUAAAGCUUCUUUAUAUACAACUCCAUAAUUUCCCACUUCUUUGAGGUGAGUGAGAUGAACUUUCAGUGUUUGAUUUGACUUGACAGAAUAACCAAUAAUGGCUAAAAUUUUGGAUAAGCAUUUUACUAACAGUGUAACAUUGUGUUGUAACAAAAACCUGCUCUGAGUUCUUACCCUCCCAUAUAUAUUAUCAAAAAAAAAAAGGAGGUUUCCUUUAUCUGAAAGAGGUGUAUGAUGGUGUACAUAGAUAUAUUUUUAAUGAAAGCACUGCUGAUAAUAUAAUUGGUGAAAUAAAGUUGAAGAGUCUUUAUCACAGCCCUGACCAGGAUGUGCUUGGGGCUUAGAACAUCCAAAAAAUCACAGGGCAGCUGAAUGUUGACUAAUUCAGUGUAUCUUUUCCACUCUUUAAAACACAAAGAUGAAUUGAUGAGCACAAAGUCUGCCGCUCUUGUCCUUUAAUUACCUAGCUAAUAUGCAAUAGCUCUGUCUUGGCCAGUUGGUUGGGGUUCUUUGUCCAAUGCAAACAUAAAAGCCUUAUUUAAAAUAAGCAACUUCCACUGAUCAUUUUUCAUUGUUGUUCUUGCACUAUUUUCUCCCAUGCUCGUUCUUCAUCCUGAUAAACAGCAUUUUGCUCUGGAACAACACAAGGGGAGGGGAAGGUGUUUGCGCCUCUCCUUUCCCUUCCACCUCAACAGAAAAGGUGCUGUGUAGGUAUUUCUAAGCACACUGCUCUGGACACUGCCAUUGACUGCUGCUUGUCUUCCCAUCAGUUCACUUCUGUAUUUUCUUGUACAGCAAAUGACGCACUUCAAAAAGAUUGUUUGAAGACUAAAGCUUUGUUGUGAGUUGCUCUGAGAAGACAUGCUCAAGGUGUUGAGUAACAAGAAGGAAUGCCAAGUUUACGUGACUACUGCAUGCUGAAAUUUCAUCAAGCCUUCAAAAGCCAUCAAAUAAAUUAAGUAUGGAAACCAAAUCAGUGAGGUUUUCAGUAUGAUCAUUUGUAGCACAGGCAGACUCAGAGAGGUUAAACAAUAAGGGAAAAGGAUGCAAAGAAAUUUCCAAAGCACCACAUUUUAUGGUUCCAUCAGAUCCCAAUGUCAGGAUCUUUAACCUAGAGUGGAAAAAUAAUUUGUCUGUUGAGUUCCUUACAUAAAAGAAUGGAUUAAGACUUGCCUGAUGAAGGAAACCUCCUCAGCACAAUAUUACUGGGGACCCACAGGCCCCCAACAGCAGUGGGAGCUGCAGUACAAUUCCAAUUGCCCAUGGGGUUUACUACAAGGGAUCAGAAUGUUCUGCAGGGCAUGGGCAGCUCUCUGGUCACAGCAGAUAAGAGGAAAGCUGAAACAUCAGAUAUUCUGGAGGGCAUGGGCAGCUCUCUGUAGUUAGAGCAAGCAGUAGGAAGCUGAAUCAUCAAAUACUACAUGGGUACUCAGUAGUUGCUAAUUAUAUUGAGGCAUUUAGGAGGAACCAGAAAUACCUGUAAUAUAAUCCAGAAGUCACAGAUAAUAGCUACAGAAUGACUUUUUUUAUCAUUUGAAGAGCUUGCUUUCCAGUUCUUGUGUUUAGUCGACAAACUGCUUUUUGCAGCAGCCUCCUAAGUGGGGUGCUGUAUCUUGGUAUAGACAUAUAUGAAUUUUCUUCAAGGUUUUCCUUUGUUGCAUGGAAUUACUUUCAGAUGCCAAAUAAUGGAUCAGAAGUUGGACAUUCUGAUCUGCCUGUAGUUUUGGUCACUGUGUGACUUGACUGUGUUCACUGUUGGGAUCAGUUCCAGUUCACCUCAGCAUUUAAGCAUUCACUUGACGACAUCUCUGUCCCACAAAACACCGAAGUUCCAUAGGUUCCGAGUCCUGAAGCCACCCCCUUAAGUGCUUUGCUGAAUUGGGCCUUAAUGCAAAAUGCAAACUGUAAUUACUGUGGUUUUUAGGGUCUUUUUAUGUAUCAGUUUUCUAGACUUUUACAAGGAGCCUGACUGCCUGCAUUCAAGCCUUUGGAAAUGUUUUCCUUUUCCCUGAGCGCCAUUUUUUUAAUGUAAAGCUCUUGAAACUCUUCUAUAUAGCCAAACUGUAUUUAAUUUGUCAAACCUUUCAAAUACACAUCUGUAUUAUACAGCCACAAUGAUGAUUAUUUUCUUUUCUUGCAUUUAUAAUUUGGUCUCGUUGCGUUUCUAAUGCCGGUGAAUGUUGCUGAAUUCUUUGUAUAUGCAAAUUGCAAGAUGUAAUACAUUCUGAUGCAAGAACAAAGCCUCCUUUUUAGUCUCAAACUGUAUGGCUUGCUGUAAAUCUUUUCAUUUCAACCCUGUGCUGUGUGCUCAUUUCAGUACUUUAAAGGAGUCGAAAUCCAUUAUCUAGGUAAGUA